GGAGCCCCUCACAGAUGAACUGCCAGACCCGUUUGGUGUGAGUGGACGCUAUACAUAAUAAAGGAAUCCAAACACUUCAUCUUUACUGUCUGCGGUUUCACGUCCCGAGUGAGCGCUUCCGAAUCGUGGGUCGCUGGCCAAGCAACUGAUCCGUAAUGGCUCCCGUCGCUCGUCUCUGUAAAAACGGUUUGGGCAUGGAGGAGGAAGAAUUGUAUGCCAUUAAAAGUGAUAGAAAGACGCGAAAACCUUUAGUGGAGAAGAAGAGACGAGCGCGCAUCAAUGAAAGCCUGCAGGAGCUGCGGACACUGCUCGCAGAUAACGAUACAAAGAUCGAGAACGCAGAAGUGCUUGAUAUGACAGUGAAACGAGUUGAAAACAUCCUACAGAACCGUUCUCAGGAGGCUGAAGCUAUGAACCGUGAGGCCAGUGAGAGAUUCGCCGCAGGUUAUAUCCAGUGCAUGCAUGAGGUGCACACCUUUGUGUCAACGUGCUCAGGGAUCGAUGCCAAUGUGGCAGCUGAGCUGCUCAAUCACCUGCUCGAGUGCAUGCCGUUAAACGAGGACAAACUUCAAGAGAUGAUCAUGGAUCUCAUAUCAGAGCCUCACUCUUCCAGUGAAUCAUGGCCAGCUGGAGAAGCAUUGAGUCCAGGAGGCCACAGUGUGUCCGACCUGUCCUCAGUACAUUCCCCAUCCCUGUCAAACCCUUCCAGUGUGGAUAUCUGCUCCGAUCUUGAGGAGACAGAGCCAGAAGCGAGCCCAGCAUCAGCCGAGGAUAGCCUGAACUCCACCAUCACACAAUCCAAGUUCAUGUGGAGGCCAUGGUAGAGACACUUCUCAAAGGACCAUUCAUUUUCAAUAUUUUCCUUCAUACUUUACUUAGUCCUGAAUUGGAACAUGGUGGAAUUGUGCUCUCAUCAGAUUCUCACGUGGAUUUUACAUGCACAGGUUGAUAUAGUGGGAAAUGGCAUCGUCUCAUUGAUCAAUAUGGAGUGACUGAAAUAUUCCUUGAAUAACUGCAUAUUCACGCAAACAUGAUGGACUUGGUCAGGUUUUCUCCAGAAAUUGAUGUUUAACAGCUCUUUCAGAAACUGAAUUCCGGAUUUUAUUGCCUUAUUAAGCCAACUGUAAUAGCUUAUACUAUAGAGAAAAGUGAAAAAGUUUGGUUUUGGUAGGAGAAAAAGAUGUUUUGUGUCUUUGUAGACCUAGUUAAGAGUACUAGAAUGUCACAGUUUGAGAGAUUGUCACAGAUUAAGCCUAUUGUAAAUAUGGUUUUCAUGGCUACCAUGUAGUAAUUAUAAUAAUUUUUUUUUUUUUUUUUUAAGAUUAUGUACUGUAGGGUUUUGAAAUAAUAAAAAAAUAUUUAA